AUGAGAAUUUUAAUAUUUUUAAUUUUAUCUCUUUUAGCCACUGUAUCAUUAGGUCAAUAUAGUUGCUCCAACCCAUGUUAUGGCAAUAUGUGUUGUAGCACACCUUCAAACAAUGAAUAUUAUUUAACUACUUUUUGUGAUGAGUCAACAGCUUGUGGAACACCUUGUAGCGCUCAAACAUAUUUCACUGCUGAUAGUCAACGUUUUGGUUGUGGUGUAACACUCACCAUUUGCUCUGCUAGUGGAGGUAGCACCACUACUGGUGGUACAGGUUCAGCUGGUACAUCCUCAUCAUCAAGUGGAAGUGGUAGUGGUAGUGGUUCUGGUUCAGGCAGCGCAUCAAGCGGAAGUGGUUCAGGCUCAUCCAGUGGUUCAGGUAGUGGAUCCUCAUCAAGUGGUUCAGGCAGUGGUAGUAGUAGUGGAAGUGGUAGUGGAAGUGGAAGCGGAAGUGGCUCUACAAUGGAAAUUGGAGGAUUUUAUGGUGUUUGUGUUAAAGCUGUUACCAUUGAUGCUGGUCCAAAUAUCUCUGUUGAAGAAGAAGCUGGUAUGGCUAUUAUUGAUGCAUCAUCACAAGUUUGCCAAGAUCUUUUUGGUUCAAGUUCAUGUGGAUGGUCAGAUAAAAGAGCUAUUACAGCUGUUCAAUCAUCACUCGAAGAUGGUUUCCCAGUCAAUACCCCAUUCAAUGUCACCUUUGAAGAAUUUAAUAAAAUUGUUUACAGUGGUAUGAUUUUAAAAGACCAAUGCUCCAGCAAAAAUGAUUGUAAAUUCAAUAAACAAAAUUAGACAUCAAUUAAAAUAACCAAUCAAAUAACAAAUUAAAUAUUUAAAUUUUCAAAUAAAUUAUUUAAAUUUAAAGUUUUAUAUUAUAAC